UUUCCUUCAAUUUAUUUAUCGGGUGAGUGCGUGACGAAUUUGGAUGCGUUCACAAAGCCACUGGGACCGCAGAUUCGCCGGUCAUUGUUCGUCUCUCCAUUCCGCGUUUUUUCCCUCUCUUUGUUCUCAAUCUUCCGUUUGACACGCUGUGUUCAGUCUUAGCUGUGUGUUGUACCGAAUUUGAUGGCGUCUACUGGAAGUGAGAGGAAGAGGGUGGUGGUUGUCGGCGGCGGCGUUGGUGGCUCUCUGGCGACCUACCUGCUUCAGGAUCUUGCCGAUGUGGUGCUUAUUGAUACGAAGGAGUAUUUUGAGAUUCCUUGGUCAAACUUGAGAUGUAUGGUUGAACCAUCGUUUGCUGACAGAUGCAUUAUGAACCACUCCGAGUAUGCCCCAAGGGCACAAAUUGUCGUUGGCACCGCAACUGAUGUCAAUGAAAGUGAAGUGCGGACUGCAGAAGGACACCAAGUUCGGUAUGAUUAUCUUAUAAUUGCCACAGGUCAUCUUGAACCUGGUCUUGUGACUAAAAGUGAGAAGCUUGCUUACUACGAAUCAGAAUAUGAAAAGAUUAAGUCUUCUAGUUCAGUUCUAAUAGUUGGAGGGGGGCCCACUGGGGUAGAGCUUGCUGCUGAAAUUGCUGUUGAUUUUCCUGACAAGAAGGUGACACUAGUGCAUCGUGGUCCAAGGUUGAUGGAGUUCACUGGCGAGAAGGCUAGCAAAAAAACACUGAACUGGUUGGUGUCAAAAAAAGUUGAAGUAAUUUUGGGGCAAUCUAUUAAUUUGGAUUGCAUAUCAGAUGGUGUUUAUCAAACAUCUAGUGGAGAAACUGUUGCAGCUGAUUGUGUCUUUAAUUGUACGGGCAAGCGCCUGGCCUCAUCAUGGCUUGAGAAGACUAUCUUCAAAAAUGGCUUGGACUCUCAAGGAAGGUUAAUGGUUGAUGCUCAAUUGAGGGUGAAGGGUUACACAAAUGUGUUUGCUAUUGGAGAUAUUACAGACGUUCCAGAAAUCAAACAAGGCUAUUUGGCACAAUUCCAUGCUCAUUCGGUUACCAAAAACUUGAAGCUGUUGAUGAAUGGAGGAAACGAGAAGAAGAUGGGGAAAUACAAACCCGGUUGGCCAAUAGCAAUCGUGUCACUAGGGAGACACGAAGGAGUGGUGCAGAUUUUCUUUUUCGCGAUCCUUGGAAAGUUCCCAGGCAAGGUAAAAUCCAAGGACUUGUUUGUGGGGAAGACAAGGGCGGAGCGUGGGCUGAAACCCUGAUUGUCAGCUGGCCAGAAGAUGGUAAAAGGAUUGGCUGUGUUUUUGUUUACUCUGUUGUUUUUUGCCCUGUAUUUGUAAACCUAAUCAUCGUUUGUUCUUCAUCUGUAAUGUCUUCUGUUUGAGCUUUUGACAGAUAUGGAUUCAUAUUAAGACGUCUUUACCUUCUUUCUCUC